AUGAAUCAGUGGAAGAAGCUUUACGUCCUUGGUUCUGGCUGUUUCGGCAAAGUUUAUUAUGCAGUGAAGAUGGAUCCUUUUUCGUCAUGUGCUCAUGAUGUUGUUGCUGUUAAAUGUGCUGAUGUUAGUCGUUCGAGUUCACUCCAACUAGAAGCACAAGUCUUGACAACUCUCAAAGGUUCACCUCACGUGGUUCAAUUCUUUGGAUCAGACAUAAGCCUCGACAAUAAUAUUCUAACUUACAAUCUGUAUCUUGAGUAUGCAUCUGCUGGAUCGCUGCAUGAUUUGAUCGUCAAUUCGAAAAGAGGAAUAUUAAGUAUGACCGAAAAGCAAGUAGGUUACUUUGCAUAUCAACUCUUAAAGGGUAUUCAAGACGUUCAUAAUACAGGGUGGGUUCAUUGUGAUAUUAAACCUUCUAAUGUUUUGAUUUUCAAAUAUGCUCAACAUAUUGGGUUGCACUUGAAGUUGAGUGACUUUGGAAUGUCAUCGAAAAUUGCUCAAGGAACUGUGAUGAGCAAUCGAGGGGAUCUAGCUUACGCGCCCCCAGAAUCUUUGACCAGUGGUUUUCCUGGAAAAGCCUAUGAUAUAUGGUCGCUAGGUUGCACUGUGGCAGAGAUGAUGACUGGGUGUCAAGUUUGGACUUAUCGUAACAUUAAUGAUUUGCAAUGGAAUAUUAUGUAUGGAGACCCAAUAAUUCCGACUUCUGUUUCUGGGAAUGCCAGAGAUUUUUUGUACAAGUGUUUUAUAAAGGACCCUCUAAGAAGAUGGACGACGGAACAACUACUCCAACAUCCAUUUAUUCAGCAAGAAAAGAGUAGAAUCAAAUGUUAA